AUGGCUUACCACGGCACUGGCCCUCAGUCGCCUGGCGAGCACAACAGUUACGAUGACAACCAUCAACUCCGCGACCUUUCCCACUCCAACACCUCUUACGAAGAAGAAGCCUCUCACGGACUACUAUCCAGCCAGCAAAGCCCUUUCGCCGGCCCCUUCGAUGAUCCCCAUCAGCAGCGUGGCCUUACGGCUUCCCCCAUACAACGCCCAACAUCCGGGUACAGCUUGACUGAGUCGUAUGCCCCUGACGCCGGAUAUCAUGACCCAUACAGCGCCAAUCAGUCGGUCUACUCGGGCCAGUCGGAGAACCCCGCCGCCGCUUUUGGCGUUCCGGGACGCGUAGCAUCGCCUUAUGCUCGUAGCGAAACUUCGUCUACAGACGCGUGGAGGCAGCGACAGGCCGGCGGCGCCGGCGGCGGCGGUGGUGGAAACGGGCUUCGUCGUUAUGCCACCAGAAAAGUCAAGCUGGUUCAGGGUUCCGUCCUGAGUGUGGAUUACCCCGUGCCUAGCGCCAUUCAAAAUGCUAUCCAAGCCAAGUACCGAAAUGAUCUCGAGGGAGGAAGUGAGGAAUUCACGCACAUGCGAUACACCGCUGCGACUUGUGAUCCCAAUGAGUUUACACUCCACAACGGUUAUAACCUUCGCCCGGCGAUGUACAACAGACAUACCGAGUUGCUGAUCGCCAUUACCUACUACAACGAAGACAAAACGCUUACGGCCCGUACCUUGCACGGUGUUAUGCAAAAUAUUCGCGAUAUUGUCAAUCUGAAGAAGUCAGAAUUCUGGAACAAAGGAGGUCCCGCUUGGCAGAAAAUUGUCGUUUGUCUGGUUUUCGACGGUAUCGACCCUUGCGACAAGGACACAUUGGAUGUCCUCGCCACUGUUGGUAUCUACCAGGAUGGUGUCAUGAAGCGUGACGUCGACGGAAAGGAAACUGUGGCUCACAUCUUCGAGUACACCACCCAGCUUUCCGUCACUCCAAACCAGCAGCUCAUCCGACCUACGGAUGAUGGCCCCAGCACUCUUCCUCCCGUGCAGAUGAUGUUCUGUUUGAAGCAGAAGAACAGCAAGAAGAUCAACUCCCAUCGAUGGCUGUUCAACGCUUUUGGUCGUAUUCUGAAUCCCGAGGUUUGCAUUCUUCUCGAUGCCGGUACCAAGCCUGGUCCCAAGUCUCUGCUUUACUUGUGGGAGGCAUUCUACAACGACAAGGAUCUUGGAGGUGCCUGUGGUGAAAUCCACGCCAUGUUGGGUAAGGGCUGGAAGAAACUUCUCAAUCCCUUGGUUGCUGCACAGAACUUUGAGUACAAGAUCAGUAACAUUCUUGACAAGCCUUUGGAGAGUUCUUUUGGCUAUGUCAGUGUGUUGCCCGGUGCUUUCUCAGCUUACCGAUUCCGUGCGAUUAUGGGACGUCCUCUGGAACAGUAUUUCCACGGUGAUCAUACCCUUUCCAAGCAGCUGGGUAAGAAGGGUAUCGAGGGUAUGAACAUUUUCAAGAAGAACAUGUUCUUGGCCGAAGAUCGUAUUCUAUGUUUCGAGCUGGUCGCCAAAGCGGGUUCUAAAUGGCAUCUCUCGUAUGUCAAAGCCUCCAAGGGUGAAACUGAUGUGCCCGAAGGUGCUCCUGAAUUCAUCUCUCAGCGUCGUCGUUGGUUGAACGGUUCUUUCGCCGCCGGUAUCUAUUCCCUCAUGCACUUCGGUCGUAUGUACAAGAGUGGACACAACAUCGUUCGAAUGUUUUUCCUCCAUCUUCAAAUGUUGUACAAUUGGUUCUCUACCUUCCUGACUUGGUUCUCUCUCGCAUCUUACUGGCUUACGACUUCGGUUAUUAUGGAUUUGGUCGGAACUCCCAGUGACAGCAACGGCCACACUGCAUUCCCUUUCGGUAAAUCGGCGACUCCGAUCAUCAACACCUUGGUGAAAUACAUCUACCUCGCAUUCCUGUUGUUGCAGUUCAUUCUUGCUCUCGGAAACCGGCCCAAGGGAUCCAAGCUGUCAUACCUUGCAUCUUUCGUCGCCUUCGGUAUUAUCCAACUGUACGUUGUCGUCGAUGCCCUGUAUCUUGUUGUCCGCGCUUUCUCCGGAGGCGCGCCGAUGGAUUUCGACACCAGCAGCGUUAGUGCCUUCUUGAGCUCCUUCUUCGGGUCCAGUGGUGCUGGUAUUAUUAUCAUUGCUCUUGCUGCCACAUUCGGUCUUUACUUCGUUGCGUCAUUUAUGUACCUCGAUCCCUGGCAUAUGUUCACGUCCUUCCCCGCCUAUAUGGCCGUGCAGUCAUCUUACAUCAACAUUCUCAACGUUUACGCUUUCAGCAACUGGCACGAUGUUUCUUGGGGUACCAAGGGUUCCGACAAAGCGGAUGCUCUUCCCUCCGCCAAGACUACACAAACCAAGGGUGAAGAGGCAGUUAUUGAGGAAAUCGACAAGCCCCAGGCCGAUAUUGACAGUCAGUUCGAGGCCACCGUUAAGCGAGCCCUGACUCCUUAUGUGGCACCAGAGGAGAAGGAAGAGAAGUCCCUAGACGACUCGUACAAGAGUUUCCGUACUAGAUUGGUUACACUCUGGCUCUUCAGUAAUGGUCUUCUUGCCGUCUGCAUCACCAGCGAGGGUCUGGAUAAAUUCGGUUUUACGAACACAUCAACUGAGCGUACUUCACGUUUCUUCCAAGCCCUUCUGUGGUCCAAUGCUGUUGUCGCCUUGAUUCGCUUUAUUGGAGCCACCUGGUUCCUUGGAAAGACGGGUCUUCUCUGCUGCUUCGCCCGCCGGUAG